UCUAAGAAAUGGAUCUCUUUUUCUCUGCUAAGAGUUCAUGUCUUAGUUACUCAUCAUGCCUCCUCCUAAUUAUUUCAACAAUAAUAUACAUGUUCAUCAAAUCAAGAUCAAGUUCAAAACCAAGAAAGUUGCCACCAGGUCCCAUCAAAUUACCUUUCAUCGGAAACCUCCACCAACUCAGCGAAGGACCACUGCCACUGCACCGCAUCCUACACCAUCUCGCUGCAAAAUAUGGCCCAGUCAUGCAUCUCAACUUCGGUAACACCCCGACAGUAAUCAUCUCUUCUCCGGAGAUUGCCUUCGAAAUCUACAAAACUCAUGAUCUUGUUUUCUCCAACCGGCCUGCCACCGCCAUCGCAAAGAAAUUCUCCCGUGACGGUCUCAGCAUCGCCUUCUGCAACUAUGGUGAGCAAUGGAGGCAAAUGAGAAAGCUCGCUUCUUUAGAGCUCUUUAGCAUGAAAAGAGUCAACUCUUUCAGUUGGGCAAGAAAGGCAGAGACUGAUAUCUUGGUUCAAACUAUCCGUAAUUAUUGUUUCUCUAAAAAACAAACGGUGAAUCUAAGCGAGAUGUUUCUUUGCUUGAACAAUAAUAUCAUCGGCCAGUUAGCUUUCAGCAAGAGGUUCUCCAGUGAAGGAGAGUGUAACCGGAGCAAACACCAUGAUCUUAUUACAGAAAUCAUUCACUUGUUUGGUGCCUUCUUUAUUGAAGAUUUCUUCCCUUGGUUGAGCUGGAUGGAUGUGAUCACUGGAAUGCAAGCCAAAUCUAAUGCUAUUUUUAAAAAGUUGGAUGAAUUCUUGGAAAGAGAGAUCAGUGAACAUCGCUUAAGCUCUGAUGGUGAUAAUUCUAGACAUGAAGAAGACUUUGUUGAUGUGCUACUUGAGCUCCAAAGAAAUUCAAAUCUCGGCUUCACAAUCACUAGAGAUCAAAUCAAAGUUAUACUAAUGGAUAUAUUCGUUGCUGGAACGGAAACUUCCGCUUUGCUUUUAGAGUGGGUGAUGUCUGAGCUAAUAAAAAAUCCGAGAGUGAUAAUGAAAGCCAAUGAUGAAGUCCGAAAAGUCGUAGGAAAUAAAGGAAGGGUGGAAGAGGAUGAUCUUAAAAGACUUGAGUAUCUUGGGUUUGUGAUAAAUGAAACUUUGAGGUUGCAUCCUCCAGUUGGAUUAUUAGUUCCUCGAGAGAGUGCAGAAGAUUGCAUAAUUAGUGGAUAUGAUGUCCCCAAAAAAACAACAGUUAUAGUGAAUGCAUGGGCAUUGGGAAGAGAUCCUAAAAUAUGGGAAAAUCCAGACAUUUUUUAUCCAGAAAGGUUUGAUGGGAGCCCUAUCAAUUAUAAAGGUAAUCACAUGCAGUUCAUACCAUUUGGUGCUGGUCGGAGGGUUUGCCCAGGAAUUCAAUUAGCCAACGCAACUAUUAUGACUGCACUUGCCAAUAUAUUAUAUCAUUUUAACUGGAAGUUGCCGAAUGCGAUGUCUGGAGAGGAUAUUGAUAUGACUGAAGUAAGUGGAUUUAAUAACCGUAAGAAAUCCCCACUUAUAUUAAUGGCGACACCAAAAUGAAUAUGUUGUCUCCUAUCCUUGUAGCUAGACAGGCUUAUGUCUCCAGAUGGUUGCCUUCUCUGUCCCAGUUAUGCCUUCUCUUAUCCUGGGCGUAAGAAAUCCCCACUUAUGCCUUCUCUUUCUUCUUGUCUUGCUUUUGCUCACUGUUUUUCUCAUCUCGGGUGAGGAUUUCAGUAUGUUAUUUACUUUUAGCUUUUUUUUGUUCGCGGCUUUUUAUGCUGUACUCCUCUGUUCUCUUCUUUUUUAAUAAAUUGAUGG